AUGUACAUUAAAUCAAUUGUCCUUGAAGGCUUUAAAUCCUAUGCUCAGAGGACAGAAGUUUGUGACUUUGACCCAUUGUUCAAUGCUAUUACUGGUUUGAAUGGUAGUGGCAAGUCUAAUAUCUUGGACUCAAUCUGUUUCCUGUUGGGAAUCACCAAUCUGACACAGGUUAGAGCUUCCAACUUGCAUGACCUAGUUUAUAAGAAUGGGCAGGCUGGAAUUACUAGAGCAUCUGUGUCUAUUACCUUUGAUAAUUCUGACAAGAAAAUGAGCCCUCUCGGUUUUGAAGCUAAUGAUGAGAUCACCAUCACUAGGCAGAUUGUCAUUGGAGGUAGAAAUAAGUAUCUUAUCAACGGUGUGAAUGCUACCAAUAGUCGUGUGCAGGAUCUCUUCUGUUCUGUUGGACUCAAUGUCAAUAACCCUCACUUCCUCAUCAUGCAGGGACGAAUUACCAAAAUUCUAAAUAUGAAGCCACCAGAGAUUUUAGCUAUGAUUGAAGAAGCAGCUGGUACUAGGAUGUAUGAAUGCAAGAAAACAGCUGUCCAGAAAACCAUAGAGAAGAAGGAAGCCAAACUAAGAGAAAUUCAAACGGUCUUGGAUGAAGAGAUCACUCCAACUUUACAGAAACUGAUAGAGGAUCGAUCAUCUUUUCUAGAAUACCAGAAAGUAGUACGGGCAAUAGAACAUUUAAGCCACCUCUGUAUAGCUUACCAGUUUUUUCUGGCUGAGGAGACAAAGGUGUCCUCUGCUGAAGUAUCAAGGGAAAUGCAGGCUAAUUUAGAGAAGCUUUGUGAAUCAAGGGCAGAAAAUGAAAAUAAAGUGAAACAACUUAAUGAAGAAAUAGCAGAGCUGGAAAAGGAAAAGGAUAAGGAAGUGCAUGGUACACUCCGUUCACUGGAAGAUGCACUUUCAGAAAUUCAGAGAGUUAAUACUAAAGCACAAAGUGCCCUUGAUCUCAAGAAGCAAAACUUGAAAAUUGAAGAGAAUAAGUAUGAAGAACUGGUAAAAAGUAUGCAGGAGGAUUCUAAGGCAUUAGUGUCAAAAGAGAAAGAAGUAAAGAAGAUGGAGGAAGAACUAAAAGCUUUACAGGAAGCAAGUGAAAAAGAUGCAGCUGUUUUAACUGCAGCACAACAGCAUUUUAAUGCUUUGUCUGCUGGCUUGUCCAGCAAUGAUGAUGGGGAAGAAGCUACUCUUGCUGGACAAAUGAUGACCUGCAAAAAUGAAAUCAGCAAAGCAGUCACAGAGGCCAAACAGGCUCAAAUGAAGUUGAAUUAUGCACAACAAGAAUUAAAGAAAAAACAAGCUGAUGUUAAAAAGAUGGAUGGUAACUACAAGAAAGACCAAGGAGCACUUGAAGUUGUCAGAAAAGCAAAAGAAAAACUAGAGGACCAAAUGAAGAAGCUGAACUAUGAAGAAGAGAAAGAAGAAGCCCUUUUAGCAAAAAAGAAGGCAUUGACUCGUGAGAUCAGCCAACUGAGAGAACUGUAUGAAGGCUUAGUGGCAAAGUUUCCUCAUCUACAAUUUGAGUACAAAGAUCCAGAAAAAAAUUGGGAUCCAAACCAUGUGAAAGGCCUUGUUGCAUCUCUUAUCACUGUGAAAGAUCUAUCCAAAGCAAAAGCCCUAGAAGCAGUGGCUGGAGGGAAACUCUAUAACGUUAUUGUGGACACAGAGGUUACUGGCAAAAAGCUUUUGGAGAAGGGUGAACUGAAGCGUCGAUACACAAUCAUUCCACUGAACAAAAUUUCAGCCAGGUGUGUUGGACAAGACAUUGUUAAGUUGGCCCAAACCUUGGCUGGUCCUGAUAACUCACAUUUAGCCCUUUCUCUGGUUGGAUAUGAACCUGAACUGCAGAAAGCAAUGGAAUAUGUCUUUGGAACAACACUGAUCUGUAAUAACAUGGAUAAUGCUAAGAAAGUGACCUUUGACAAAAGGAUAAUGACAAGAAGUGUCACAGUUGAUGGAGAUGUGUUUGACCCCCAGGGCACUCUGCAUGGAGGUGCUUGCUCACAGGCUGCACCAAUAUUGUCUAAACUUCAAGAAAUUAAAGACAUUGAAGUACAACUCAAGACAAAGGAGUCUGAACUGGAAACUGUCGAGAAGGAGCUCGCAACCUUGAAGAGUGUUGCCGAAAAGUACCAGCAACUGAAACAGCAAUGGGAGAUGAAGUCUGAGGAAGUAGAGCUGUUGCAAACCAAGCUCCACCAAAGUGCUUACCACAAACAAGAGGAAGAGCUGCUUGCCCUGAAGAAAACCAUUGCUGAGUGUGAAGAGACAUUGAAGAGAAGUGAAGAGAGCCAAAAGAAAGCAGAAGAUAAAUACAAGGUAUUAGAGCAUAAAAUGAAAAAUGCAGCAGCAGAGUCUGAAAAAGAACUAAAAAAUGCACAGCAGAAACUGGAUAGUGCCAAGCAAAAAGCAGACGCUUCAAGCAAAAAAAUGAAAGAAAAGCAGCAGGAAGUUGAAGCUUUAAUUCUGGAACUUGAAGAGCUAAAACAGGAACACGACUCCUGUAAACAACAGAUAGCAGCUGCAGAUGAAGCAAUCAAAUCCUACCAUAAGCAAGUUGAUGCUAUGGCAGUUGAGGUGUCUAAGACAAAGGAAUCUGUAGAGAAAUCAGAGAAGGAGCUGGCCAAGCAAAAGGAAGCAAUUCUGUUACAGGAUAAAGCAAUUAAAGCCCGAUCUGCAGAGAUAGCAAAAUGCAAAGAACUAAAUAACGAAUUACAGCUUAAGGUUAAAGAAUUAGAACACAACAUCAGCAAACAUCAACAAGAGGCUGCAGAUGCCGCUGCCAAGGUGACCAAAAUGCUGAAAGAGUAUGAGUGGAUAGCUACAGAAAAACAGUUAUUUGGUCAGCCAAACACAGCCUAUGACUUCAAAUCUAACAAUCCUAAAGAAGCAGUUCAGAAGCUGAAGAUGAUGCAGGAGAAAAAAGAGAAGCUGGGAAGGAAUGUGAACAUGAGAGCUAUGACUAUGCUUGCUGAGACAGAGGAGAGGUACAACGACUUAAUGAAGAAAAAAAGAAUUGUCGAGAAUGACAAGACAAAAAUUCUUGCAGCUAUUAAAGAGCUUGACCAUAAGAAAACUGAAGCUUUAAAUAUUGCUUGGAAAAAGGUGAACGAAGACUUUGGUUCAAUUUUCUCCACGCUUCUACCAGGAGCCAGAGCUAUGCUAGUACCUUUUAAAUCCCGAAGUAUCUUGGAUGGUCUGGAGUUCAGAGUUGCCCUAGGAGAGACCUGGAAGGAAGACUUAACAGAACUUAGCGGAGGACAAAGAUCAUUGGUGGCCUUGUCCUUGAUCUUAUCCAUGCUUCUCUUCAAACCUGCCCCAAUUUAUAUCUUGGAUGAAGUGGAUGCAGCUCUUGAUCUCUCUCACACCCAGAAUAUUGGGCAGAUGCUUCAUGCUCAUUUCAGACACUCCCAGUUUAUUGUGGUGUCCUUGAAGGAUGGAAUGUUUAACAAUGCAAAUGUCCUCUACAAGACCAAGUUUGUGGACGGUGUAUCCACUGUUACAAGAUACCAGCAGUUUCAGCGCAAAAAUGCUGCACCGCCCCUGGCAGCUUCACCUCCCCUCGCAAAACGCCGGAAAGUACAGGAGUGCCUGGAGAAACAGAAAGCUUGUCCACUCCCACAAAAGGAGUAG